AUGAGUUCAAAAGAAAAACCUACUAAGUGCAAUAUUCAUCCUUAAUUUCAGCUGCAUUUCAGGAAUGGCGAGAUCAUUAAACUUGAUGGCUACUCCACUUAUUCCAAUCGCAUUAAUAGAACCUCUUCCAUUUUGUCGAUUCUUUUAUUGGCUCCUUUUAGAGUCGCUAGGAACAAUAUAAUGUAUUGCACUCUAUCUGCAAUUUGUUUGAUUUUACUUUCUUCUAUUUGGUCCAUGUAACUUUUCAAAAUAUUUUAGAGAUUCACCUUAAUAUGAAUUUUAUUUCAUCUUUUCUUUUUAACUGUUCGCACACAUUAGUGUUGAAUUGUAUAAUAAAUUCAAAAUUAAUGGUCUAGAUAUUAAAUUAAACAAUUAGGAAAAUAAAAUAUUGAAAUAGUGGGAUGAAUGUAUAAAUAAUAAAGAGAUCUUAAAGAGAAUCAAAUAAAAUGCUGCUUAAAAAAAUAAGAAUGAAGAUAAUAAAGAAAAAGAUCGUAUUAUUCCUAUUAAGAAUGAUCAAGUCCAACGUUAACUCAGUUAUAAAAGCAGAUCUUCUGGAAGUAUAAAUUUGAAUUUCUAUUUAAUAGUAUAAUCUUAAUUAUCAAGAUAAUCAAUAAAUUAAGGUAAAAAUGCAGGAUCCCCAAGAUAAGAUAAAAUGGCAUCAAGAGUAUCCUUAAUGAGUCCACUUAUUCACUAAGACAUGAUUAUCAAAAAUGAAUUAAAAAAUAAAUUGGUUUAAGAUCCUGCUAUUAGAAAAUUUAUGUAAUAAGUACCUUGUAUUUUUGAAAAAAAUACUUCACGAUCAAAAAAACUUAUUGAUUCUAAAAUUCUUAAAAUUGAACAGAAAAUAGAUUUAAUUAAAUCAAUAAGAGCUGCUGAAGUUUAAAUAGGAGAUGUAAUUAUAGUAGAAAGGAAUUAAAUUGCAUCUUGUGAUAUUCUUGUCUUAUAUUGCAAUGAUGAAAACUUUGCUAUCUCAAAUUAGCUUUGUGGGUAUUCUAAUACAUCUAUAAGAAAACCAUUAGUUCAAAAUAAAUGUACUCUAAAUUCAUUAUUUAUUUUUAGUUGACUCUCAUAAUCUAGUUUUGUUUAAAAAAUCAUUUACUGGAAAUAUAUUAUUGAAUGAAAACACAAAUAGUAUUUCUGGAUAUUUCUAACUUAAAAAAGAUCCAUAAUCAAGAGCUAUUGAAGACGAUAAUUUUAUAUUUGCUCAAGAAAAACUAUUAAAUACACCUUGGGUUAUUGGAGUUGUUGUACAAGUGGGAUUAAAAUGUCGUUGUUAUAAAUAAUUUAAAAUUAAACCUUAAGUUCCUAAUUAUUCAUAAAGAAUACUAUUAUCAAUUAUUUUUCUUUAUUUUGCCUUUAUAAUUGUAAAUUAUUUAUCAUUUAUUAGAGUUAAUGUACAUCAUUACUUAUUAGAAUAAAUAUGUCAAUGAAUAUUUAGAUAUCAUAUCUUUUAUUAUUGAGGAUUUACUUCACUUGAUAUUCCUAUUGCCUCAUAGUUUUAGGUUCUAUUAUUCUCUUAUAUAAUUAUUCUAAUAACAUAUUAUAUAUAAGAUCAGUUAAUUGGAUAUGAAACAGAUUAAAGCUUUUCAUCCAGAAUACUAUCAAUAAUAUAAACGUUUAACAAUAAAUUUAGAUUCCCUAUUGGAAGGAACAUUUGAAUUAAAAGCAAUAAUUUGUGGCAAUCGUAUUUGUCAUUGUCGAGAACAAGAUUUAAUGUAAUAAGCUUAAGUUUAUGCCUCUUCAGUUUCUAGCUAAAAUCUUUUUAAAACAGUUGAUUCUAAGGAUGAUUCUAAAAUUGUAGAAAUCUAAGCUUCUUAUAUUAAUUAAAUGUAAAACACCAAAUAAUAAAAUAAUACAUAAAAUUCUGGUAGAUAUUUAGAAGAUGAAAUAUUUAGUUAUGAAGCUCAUGAAGAUAUGGUUCUUAAUAUGCCAUAAUCAGUUGGUUUUAGAUUAAUUAGUAAUUUUACAAAUUAAGAAAAUACUCAAUAAGACUUGAAUGGAUUGAUUUAACAUUAAAGUAGUAAUCCUGAUAAGAGUGAUUAUCAAUAAAAAUCAAGCACAAAUAAAGUUUAACUCUCAAUGUACAGUAAAAGUAACAAACCAUUUGUUACUCUAAAAGAUAGUAGGGUUGAUAGAAAGUCUGUUUUUUUAAAUGAUCUAAUUAAAGUUAUUGCAACAGAUGAUGAAUUAAAUAAUCCAAUUUUACUGUAAUUAGCAUUGAAUCAUAUUUCUUAUUCAAAACUUAGAUACACUUAAACAGGAGAAGAGAAGGUUAAAAAUACUUAAGUUAAUAUAUUAGAUGAAAAACAAAUCUAAAUAUCUAAAUCAUUUGGAUUUGAAUUCAUUUGUGUAAAUAAUGUCUAGUAAAUAUAUAUUAUAUAUUUAGAAAUAUGUCAGCAUAUGUAGUUUAAAUAAAUUAGAAAAUUUACUCAUUCAAAUUAAUUGACUUUUAAAUCCAUCAUCAUACACAAAGACUUUAUAUGUUAUUUGAAUUAGAUCCUGAAUUUGAAAAACCUUUAAAUGCAGAAUAUAUUUUAUUAGUCAGAGAAUCUAAUUAUAAAAAAUAAGAUAUUUUGGAUGAAACCAAAAUUAAUCAUAAAUCAUCAAUCCAUGUUCUUCAGUAAACUGAUUUUGAAUAACUUCACUAAGUUCAUUACUAUUCAUGUCUCCUUAAUCAUGAAGAUGCUGCAUAUUAUGUUAAUUAAUAAUCACUCCAAAACUAGAAUUCAAUAGAGAGUGAAGAAUUUAUUUACAACUAUUUAGAACCAUUUUUAUAAUUUAAUAUUACUUUAGGAUUUAAAUAUAAUUUAAAGCCUAAGGCUUAAGAAUUUAUAAGAAAUUUUGAAAAAUCAGAACAAUAAAUGUUUUUUUACACAGAAUAAUUUUUCUCUUAUGCAUAUUCUGUUAUCCAGUAGACUGAUAUAUAAAGUCAUUUUAAGUUAAUUUUUGAACAAGAUAAUGAUGAUGACUUAAGAGCUUACCUUAAAAAAUCUUUAUAAUAAUUUACAUAGUUAUUCUCUGAAGCAAAUUAUGUAUCAAACUCUUAAGUUUAAUCUUUAAAUAAACUUGUAAACCCAAUGUCAUCUUAACUUUCAAAUAAAAAAGUUUAAGAGGAAUUUCAUUCAGCACCUCCAAUCACAAUUAUGCUAAGUAGUUAAGCCUGUAAGAUUAUGGAAAAUAAUAUCUACAUGAUUAAUCAUAUGAAAUUGCUAAUCUCUUUAGCCAAAGUAACUCUUCUAUAUAAUGCUAAUACUUAAUCUUUGAACUUCAUUUAAAAAUUGUUUGAUGAACCAAACUUAUCAUUAAAUUUAAUUUUUGAAAAUUAAACAUUAUUAAAAUGCCAUCAAGGAUAACAUAUUUAAAUUGCACUUCUUUAAGAAUUUAGUUACUUUCAAAAAGUAAAGUAUGAAAAUGUUAAUAAACAAACAUUUUUUAAAAAUAUGAUAUAAUCUCUAAAAGUUAGAUUAGUUUAUGAAAGAUGUAAUAACAUUUGAAUUAUUAAAAUAGGUCUUUUUAAUGAAUUAUUAAUAUACCAUAAUACUGAUGCUAUAUUAUAAGGAUUUUAUGAACUUAACGAACUUUUAUUUUACUAUGUCCCAUUAUUAAAUAUUUUAACAAAGUACUAAUUUUUGACAGCUUUUCAAAGAACUAUAUAUAUUUCAUCAUUUGCUAUUACAAUUUACACAACCAAUAUAUGGUUUUUCCAUUAUUAAAUUAAUUUAAUAGUUGAAUUUGUAUUCUAUUCUUUCCUCUACUCAUUAAUUAUUUACAUCACUAUAACAAUAGAAUUUAUUAAGUAAUAAGACCAUAACAUUAAAAGAGACUAAAAUUAAUAAAAAUUUAUUGAAUCACUUAUUAAUUAAUCAAAAAAUAAGUCUUAUUACAUUACAAUCGCAAUUAAAUGUAAAUUUAGAUAUUAAUUUAUUUAGCCAUAAUACAAGGUGUUUUGACAUCUCUGAUAUUUACAUAUCAAAAUUAAAUUUAAUCAACUGAUGUUGUUAUAGUUUAUUGUUUUCUUUCAAUAACACUAAAUGAUUUAAUAAGUUUAAUAUUUCAGGUUAGCUAUUAACUUAAGAUUGCUGUCUUCAUAAUUUACAGCCUUUCCUAUUUUUUUUAUUUAUUGCUUCAUUUUAGCAUAAUUUAUCCAAAUUAAGAGUUUAAAUUUGAAAUUUCAAACUUAUUUUAAAUUCUAUUAGUAAUGUUUAUAUUAUAAGUAAGUGAAUAAUUUUUUUAACAUCAUUUUAUUUUAUAAGUGCCUUAGAUGAGUGGAUAAUUGCAACAAAUAACAAAUGCUUUAAAUCGUUAUAAAGAAGAUACAAAUUAAAAAUAAAUUUCAAUUUUAAAUUUAUAAAAGGAAAUAAAUAGAAUAUUUGAAAAUAUAGAGCAUGUUGAUUUCAGUCUCUAAAAGCGUAAUCUAUAAUUUAUAUCUUUAAGUUUUACUGAGUUAAAAAACAAUGUUUUAAAAUUUAGGCUAAUGGCAAUCGUAAAUAUUCUAAAAAGCAUAAUCUAUAAUAAAAUGGAAGAACAAAUCAAAAAUUUAAGGAUUAUAGUUAAUAUUCUUUCAUUGUCAAAUGCUUAUUAUUAUUUAUUCUUAGUCUGAUAAUAGUUACUAUUUUUUAAUCACAUACAUAGUUUACUAAAUAUUUUUAAUAGUGUUAUUUGUUUUUCAAUCAGUAUAUCAUUUGAAUUCAAGAUAAACACAAUAUUUAGAAUUAGUAAAAUACAUGAUGUCAGGAAUAGCAACAUUUAUAGCAGUUUUGGGAUUGUCAGUCACUGAUAUGUCAUCAAAUUAUCAUUCAUUUUCUGAAAUCUUGGUAACUUUUCAAAUAUCAAGUAAACUGCAUCCAAUUUAUGAUAAUAGAUUAUAUUUAAUACCAAUAGUGAUAGUUUUAAUAGCAUAUUUUGUUACGUAAGAUUAAAAUUAUUAUAGAUAGUUUUUCAAUAAAUGUUGAUAUUACUCCUUACUUUUUGAUAAUUAAAAUUUGUAUAAUUCUAUUUUUUUCAGUGCAACAAUAUAUAAUUAAAAGCUAUGUAAGAUUUGUUAAUUAAUUAAUUAAGUUUAUUCUACUUGAAGAAGAUUAAGCUACAAAUUAAAUAAAUUUCAUAGAGGAGAACAAUAAAAUAAAUGAUAUUCUAGGAAUAUUAUUGCCUAAAUUUGUUCGUCAUCGUCUAAACGAAAGUAAACUUAUUUUCAAACAUGAUUAGCUGAUUAAUAUAAUAUUCACUAAAACCAAGGAAAUGUAGCUGUAGUUUUUUGUGAUAUAUGCAAUUUUGAUUAAAUCAUAAUGGAGGAAUAAGAAAAUAUAAUUCCAUUUUUAGAUGACUUAUUUCGAACUUUUGAUAAAUACUGCGAAAUAUGUGGAGUUUAGAAAAUAGAAACAGUAGGUAAAACAUACAUGGCAUCAGCUGGCCUUAAAGCAUGUGAAUAAGAAUUAGCAUAUCUAUCAGAAAUCCAACCAGUUUAAAGAGCGUUGAAUUUGGCAGAGAUGAUGAUUACAUACAUUAGAUCAAAAUUGUAUGAAUAAUUAAUUAUAACUUUUAGAUGGGGUCAUUAAAGUUAAGCUCUGAUUGGUAAGAUAGGAAUUCAUUAUGGUAGAGCUAUUUCUGGAGUUAUAGGAUUUCAUAAACCUUAAUUUUCUUUAAUUGGUGAUACAGUUAAUACUACUAGUAGAGUGUGUUCAACUGGACAAGAAGAUAAAAUUACUUUAUCUGAGAAAGCUUUUGAAUAAUUAAAAAAUGAUAAAAUAGAAUUUGAAAUUAGAUAUGUUGAAAUGAAAGGUUUAGGAUAAAGACCAACAUAUGUUUAUAUAUAAAAAGGGAAUACAAAAAAUUAUAUUGCAAAAAAUAACUCAAUCAACAAUAGCAAUAGUAACAGCAGAUAAAAUACAAUGAAUAUGCCAAAUAGAGUUAAAACAUAAUCAAUUUAAAAAGGAAGUUUAAAAAAACGAUCUAUUGCUAUCUAAGACCCUUUAACAUAACGAUCCAAAUAAUUAUUAUCAUUAUAAUUAUCAUGGAACUUUCAAUAACAUGCCUAAUAAAAUUCAUAAUCUUUUUCUGAGGAUAGUGUCAAAAAAGGAUUGUAGAAUUCUUUAUCAAUAAAUAAUCUAAAUCAUUUAUAAUAGGAUCAUGAUCAUGAAGAUAAAUUAAGUAGAAGCAUUAAGUAACCAGAACUCAUUUAAUAAUUAGCAAAUGUAUUUUAACAAAAAUUUCAUUUAGAAGAUUAUUAACCUGAAGUUGAUCAUUAUAUUGAUUACAAUUAAUUAUUAGUAAUUAUUUAAAAUAAUUAUUUAGAAUGUUAUUUUGCUUAAAAAUGAAAAUGGAUUAGAAGAAAAUUUAAUUUUAUAAAACUCCUUCUUUUCAUUGCUUAAAAGAUCUUAUUAUUCAAAUUAAAAUAGUUAUUUAGAAUAUCAUGAAUACAUUUAUAAGCAAUCUGAAGGAGUAACUAAUAAAAUAAUUUAAAUUUAUUCAAUGUAUUAUUUAAUAAAACAAUUUUGUUUAAUUGGUGAAUAUAAUAUAAUUCCAUUACCUUUGAUAAUUUUAUAAUGGAUUGGAUGCACACUUAAUAUAAUAUCUUUGAUGAUGUACAAGAAAAGAAUAAUAAACUAUUGGAUAUAAUUGAUUUAUUUAGGAUUGAGUUUUUAGCUUAUUAUUGCUGGUAUUUUUAUUAUUGUUGAGAAGUCUUUAUUUUUAAGUUACUCUCAUAUUAUAGAAAUGAUCUUUAUCCAAUCAUUUUUUAGCAAUAUAUAAGUUUUACAUUUUUGGAUUAAAAUUUUGUUUUGUAUUUGUUCAUUUACUUUUGAAGCUUUUAUCCUAAUAUUUUAAAAUGAACAUCUCAUUUCAUUCUUUUUUGCUUUCAUUGUAAUGAUUUACAACAUUAAUUAUUGUUAUUUUUUGGAAGAACAAUAGGUUGCAUGUUUUAAUUAGAAAAACAUCUUCUAAAGUUAAUAAGCUAAAGAAACUUAAUUAUUAUAAUAUCUACUUCCUAAACAUGUAAAUUUAUAAUUAAAUUUCACAGAUCUUAUAAACAUUUCUGGAUGAUAAUAAUAGAACCAGAUGCUUAAGUGAUAAAAUAGAAAAUGUUACUAUUUUAUUUGCCGAUAUUGCAGGUUUCACUGAAUAUUCAAGUAAGGUUACCCCUGAAGAAGUUUUACUUAUGUUAAAAAAUUUAUUCGUUGAAUUCGAUAGAAAAUGUUAUGAAUUAAAUGUUUAUAAAUUAUAUACAAUUGGUGAUUGCUAUGUAGCAUUUGGCAUGAUAGAUUACAAUGAAAGAAAUCCUUCUGAAGAAGCCAAAAAUAUAGUUGAUUUGGCAUUUGAAAUGAUAAGAAUUAUUGAAGUUGUCAGAAAAUAAAUCAAUUUCGAUGGACUCGAUAUGAGAAUUGGCAUCCAUACAGGAUGUGUAUUUGGAGGAGUUAUGGGUACUGAUAUAGUAAGAUAUGAUAUUUAUGGGCCCGAUGUACUUAUUGCAAAUAAAAUGGAAUCUAAUGGCAAAAAGGGAUAAGUUCAUGUAAGUGAAGUAACAAAAUAACUGCUUGAAUAAGAUUAUGAAGAUAUUUAUUCUUUUACAUUGAAUACAAAUGUUACACUAUCAACCAUUAAUAGAAGUAUAGAUGGUUACAUUGUUGAGAAUUUAGCCGAAGAUGAAUUUCCAUCAGAUCAGAUUAUUUCUUAAUAAAUUUAAGUUUAAUCUUUGCAUUCAGAACAUUGA